AUGUUUCCUAGAACUGACCACAACACGCUGCCUGUGGAUAGUGGUUGGGCUUGGGCUAUCACAGCUGCUGGGCUGAUUUCUCAUGUGACGAUGGGAUCAGCCUCUCAAACAAACUCACUGCUCUUCCUGGAGGUUCUGGAGAAGUACCAGUCCAGCAUUACCACCGGCUCCUUGAUGUUUAUGUGUGCCACACUGCUGUUUAGCUUCAGCUCGGUACUGACCGCAACCUACCUCAUGCCCAAGCUGAAUGAACGGAGAUGUGUGAUUUUGGGAGGCUGCAUGUCCUCUGGGUUCACCCUUGGUGCCUCCUUUGCACCGAACAUGGGCACUUUCAUUGUCAUGAUAGCUUUGAGAGGGAUAAGCCAUGGAAUUAUCUUUGUGCCCGCUAUCGCCCUGAUACCCAAAUAUUUUAAAAGAUUUCGGUCACGAGCCAGUAUGGUGCCAUGGUGCGGCGGAAGCGCGGCUUCGAUUAUCGCCCCUUUUAUCAUUAGAGCUGUGAGAAAGGAGUAUGGGGUGAGUGGUGCUUACUUCCUCCUGUCGGCCUUUGAACUUCAUUACAUAGUGGCGGGCUUGUUGCUGCGACCAGCCAGUGCGUACAG